AUGUACGAAUUACAAGACAAUACCAUUGGUAUUGGUCUGACGAACGGGUCCGUGUAUCAGACCGUAAAAAGGUAUUACUGCGCGUGGAACGACCUUGACAACAAAUCACAUCUCUUGCUGUACGGGUCCAAAGCCUGGAAGUUUCCAGUUCAAGAUGUCAAAUUAGAGCUAUCGUACCCGGUUUAUCAAAAAAAUUAUACAACCGACGUACUGGUUGCGAUGUUUGAUGUGAUUCUGAGGAUAGACAGCACUCAGAGCAGAGGGUAUAUCACAUCGGGGGGCAUUCUUCAGAUCGUGGACUAUAUAAAGCUGCUUAGGGCACAGAGCUCGUGGAAAGGCUACGUUUCCACGUACCCACUUGAUAGACACCACCUAAGCACUUUGUCAUCGAGGGUUAAGUUAAGAAGG